AGAAAAAGAGGAAGAAAGAAAAGAAGAAAGAAUGGAAAGAGAGAGGGAGAGGAAAUAAGAGAGAAGGGAGGGAGGACUGCUUUAUAGCUGCUAAGAUUGCAGACAGAAAUAGCACACAACCACCGUGAGCUUUAUGCGACUCAGAAACCAAGACUAAAUUGUAUUCACUUUUCUUAAUCAGUUGCUCAGAAAGAGGGAAAUGACAUCUGGUCCUGUCCUCUUCUACCUCUUGAUUUUUGGAAAAUAUUUUUCUCAUGGGAGUGGACAGGAUGUCAACUGCUCCCUCGGCUAUUUCCCCUGUGGGAAUAUCACCAAGUGCUUGCCUCAGGUUCUCCACUGUAACGGUGUGGACGACUGUGGGAACCAGGCUGAUGAGAGCAACUGUGGAGACAACAAUGGAUGGUCUUUGCAACUUGACACAUAUUUGGCCUAUAACUACAAAAUGACUUUCCCAUAUUCCUUUGAUGCAGAAAUAUCAGAAUGCCUGGUCGGUUCUGUGCCCAUGCAAUGUCUUUGCCGAGGCUUAGAGCUUGGCUGUGAUGAGACCAAAUUACGAGCUGUUCCAUCAGUUUCUUCAAAUGUGACUGUAAUGUCACUUCAGUGGAACUUAAUAAGAAAACUUCCUCCUAAUGGCUUUAAGAAGUACCAUGAUCUUCAGAAACUGUAUCUCAGUUAUAACAGAAUAACCUUCCUGAAGCCGGGUGUUUUUCAAGAUCUCCACAAACUAGAAUGGCUGAUAAUUGAAGAUAAUCAUCUCAGUCGAAUUUCCCCACUCACAUUUUAUGGACUAAAUUCUCUUAUUCUCUUGAUGGAAGAACCAAAUUUUCAUUUUCAGCCAGUUCUGCCAUGUAUUAAGGGAAGAAUAAAAUGGUUAGGUUCAGAGACUUAUAAGCUGGAAAAGCAGUCUAGACAAAAGAGAAACAAAAUUAAUCACAUAAAGGAAAAUGCUUUUGCAUCUCUCCAGAAACUACAUGAAUUCACCCUGGAAAGUCAUCCUGGAAAAACAUAUAGACUUGGUACCAUCACCUCUUGGGUAGUGAUUUUUAUUCUGCCCAUCAACAGUGCUUUGAACCCAAUUCUCUAUACUCUGACCACAAGACCAUUCAAAGAAAUGAUCCAUAAAUUUUGGUAUAACUACAGACAAAGAAGACCUAUGGACAGCAAAGGAAGUCAGAAAACAUAUACUCCAUCAUCAUUCAUCUGGGUAGAAAUGUGGCCGCUGCAGGAGAUGCCACCUAAGUUAAUGAAGCCAGCUUUUUUCACAGACCCCUAUGAUUUGUCACUAAUUUCUCAAUCAACCAGACUCAAUUCCUAUUCAUAACUGACUUGGAACCCCAUUUCUACACAGAGAAUACUGUGGAAUGCUUCGUAAUGGAUUUAUUAGUAUAAAAUGAAUGCCACAAAAUUAAUAAUUUAUAAACAAUGGCUAAAAUAAAUUAGCUCACAAAGACAUGAGGUUAUUUGAGAAAAAUCAAAGUGACUGAUGCCCAUAUAAAAGGAAAUAAAUUAUAUUGAUAAUUUUGAUAUACUAGCACAUAUUUUCCUUGGGAAAUUAAGAGAAAUCUAUUUCAGAAAGAUUCAUUCUUUUUUUUUUUUUCAUUUUGCAUUUAUCGAAUACCCACUAAAUACAUGGCACUGCAGUAAAGUCUUGGAAGUAGACGGCAUGGAACUUUUCAUUUUUCAAUUGUGUUUAACUACAACAGAAUAUACAAAGUUCAUCUGCAGCUCCUAGUUUAAGGUAGAGCUUUGUCUGUCAUGCAUAUCAGCAAACAUAAGAAUCACAGACACUUUUAAAUGAAGAUUUAGGGUUAAGAAUACUCAACUAUAAUAGCAUCAGAGAAAAUGUUUGCAAAAUACAGAUAUUGUUUUAAGAAUUCAUCUUAAUGCUCUUCAAGUCUUCAUACAACACAAUACAUAUAUUGCUAUUAAAAAGAUGCUCUGAUAUAAACUCAAAGCAGCACUUCUCUGUCACUGCCUGCCCAGUUGUCUUUGCGCUUUAAAUGAGAACCACCACAUGGUAUUGGAAAAUGAGUAAAAGUAUUGCAAAGGGUUGAAUCAGAAAGGGAGGAUGAGGACAGACAUUUUCAAUCAAUGGAAUAGAAUUUGAGAGUCCAGAAAUAAAACACAUUUACAGUCAAUUGAUUUUCAACAAAGAUGCCAAGACAAUCAUAUGAAGGACAAUGUUUUCAACAAAUGAUCCUGGGACAAAUGGGUAUUCACGUGUAAAAGAACGAAGUUGGACCCCUACCUUACAUCAUAUACAAAAAUUAACUCAACAUGAAUCAACAACCUAAAUAUAAGACA